AUGGCGGACGAGGAAGAACUCGAGUCGUGUAGUUAUCUUUCUUUUGCAGAACGUUACCAAGCUGAUCUAGAACUAAUAUAUCAAAAGUAUGAGCAAAUUGAAGAUGGAUGUGUUGAAUCUCAGGAGAUUCUUUUAAGUGAUUUGGGUAACAGAGGCAAUGUAGAGUAUGACUGGCUGGAAGAUCUUCUUAAUGAUGAGUCAGAUCAAAAGCAGAUUGGAGCUGCUGAUGAUAGUGAUGGGGUAUGUGAUGAAUCUGAUGAUGAAGGCUGUGAAUCUGACUCUAGUGGCCACACCACAUCAGGGGAACUUUCAUCACAUAACAAAGCUCCUCAUCAAAACCUGGCAAAGGCAAAACUCCAUAAAGAUGUACAAAAUUGUGAGAUAAACGACAAGAGUAAGCCUAUGCAAUUUGUUCAACCUCUAUCGUCUACCCUUGUAAGUGAUUCAACUGGCAUAUCUGAGAUUAAAAUGGACCCAAUACUAAGCCCUGUGGAACUCCAAUUGAAUAACGAUUUUAAGGAGUCUGCAGGACUUAAAAAUGAAAUGCUAGAUCAGGGACCUGGUUACCCUUUUACGCCUGGUAUUAUGAACGAAAAUAUCUUGACAAGCACAAAACUGGAGUCGUCUCCUAAUCUGCCGACGAUAAGGCACAAAGUGCCACCGGCAAUAACAUCUCAUGAGACAGAAGAACACGUUACACCUGAUAUAAUAAAUGAAAAUCCCAGCUCUGAGGGACUUUCAAGUUUUGCACAAGCUGUUCUCAACUCUAGAAACAAGAUUGCUAAUGUACUUUUUAAAGCUGUCAUGAAUUUUCAGAAGGGUAAUUCCAGCAAGGAUUCUGAUUAUGACUCCCUCUCUACCGAUACGACCUCUAGUUCAUCGACCGUCCAGAGUAAUUCAAAGGAAUCUCUAUUUCUCCCAGACAAGCUGCUUAAGGAGUUUAGUAAUCGUUUGACAGCUGAGAUAAUGUCAAAUGGAAAUAACUCCUCUUGUUUGAAUGAACCUAACCAUUCUCUUGGUGAUUCCAGUUCGUUGACCAGAAGAAAUCAGUCACUUCAGAAGACAAAAAUGGUGAUUGGACCCAAUGCAAUAGCAAGCAACAAGAACAGAACAGUUUCUCUACUAACUGGUAGAAGGACUAUAAGAUUUAAUCCUUCAUUGCCAGGACUUAGAAAACAGAUGAGUUCAACACCGCAGUCGGAUGACAAAAAGAGUGUAUAUAUACCCUUGUCUAUGAACACCAAAACUGUCGAUCAACACGGACGUUUGAAAUCAUCCUUGUCUACCAAAGCUGUUUUCAAGAUUUCUCCAGUUCAGAGUACCUUACCAACUACUCUUGCCCCCAAGAAUGCCAUCUGUUUUAAACAGAGUGCAUCUGAGCAAACUACUGCUCGGAAUUCACCUUUAAAGCUCCUUCAAAGACAACAAACACCUGUGGUUUCGAAACUCCCACAAGUACAGAACCAGCGACCUUCGAUGAAUCAGGGCGAUAGACUUCAGCUUGUCAAGAAGUCUGAUAACUUUUCCAAGCCUGUCAUCAAACUUCAGGAGAGUGGUCGUCCAUGUGUAGCCAUAUCUCGUCGACGCUCCGUUCCUCUAACCAACUGCUUACCAGUCACACAUUCAGAAAUUCUACGUCACAGUACGAAUCUAUCAGAUUUCCAGAGGUACAUGCAGCAUCAUGGAAAGAUACCAGAAGCACUUCCUCGAAGCAGUCUUCCUGGACAAGAUCGACGUGGCAACUCUCAAAGUACCCCUAUGGCGCGAGAUCGAGAAGAAUAUUACGAUCAUAGGAAGUGGGGAACAUUGAAGGUGCAUCCGGAAUUUCAUAAGAAUCUUAAUAACCACCUUCCUGGACAAGAUGGUACUAAAGUUUCUAGACUUGUUCCUGGACAAAACCUCCUUGGAUCUUCACGGAAAAGGAGUUUUGACUCUGCACUUUUUUGUGCAAAUGAGAAGACAUCACCAAAAAGAACGUGCCUGAGGACGAACGACGACAAGAAAUCGAGCGUUGAAAAAGAUUUGUUCGCUUUAAAGCUUGGUGCUGGAAAAGAGAUAAUAGUGGGCAGCGCGAUUCACAACGAACGGCAAAAGAAGCACCAGGAAAUCGUAAAUAUUCCUGAGAUGUUUGAUGAUAUCGAAGUGCGUAAUGGUAAUCGAGAGUUUGGCAACUCCAGCUGGAAAGAGGACAAAUCACAGGAAUCCAAUUGUAUGCGAGAUUUUGUGGAAACCAGACCGAGAAAGCACAGCCAAAAACUGUUCACAGAUGGGACAAGAUCCCCCUACUCUUUGGUUAAGCCGGUUAAUCCAUGCGACAACAUGAAAAAACCCUUGAAAAGAAGCAACGAUGGUUACACCAAGGAUGCCUGUCGUGAAAGUUUUCUUAAGGACACCGCUACACUUGAUGGUGGCUACCAAAAGUCCCAUGGAAGUUUGGUCAGAACUGGUGAAGGAGUCGACUCACCAAGUUACAGAGAUCGUGGUAAACAGCAAUUAAUAAGGGGAAAUACCUUAGAGGAAUUCAAGAAACUAUCGCCUGGGAGUAGAAUAAGAAAAGAUACAGAUUCUACAGCAAGGACAGCUUAUUUUUCAUCUGAAAAAAUGAGAAGAUCUUCGUGUUCCAGAACAUCUCAAGAGGACAGAAUUUGCUAUAAAGAUUAUAGGUCUCGUUACGAGAGUGCAACUGAAGAAAGCUGUUCUCGCAGACGUCAUACGACAACCAGAAAUCCUUCUCCUGAAAGACAAUUCUUUUCUGAUAGAGACUCAAGAACCAGUUUGGAAAUGGAGGAUCAGAAUUAUAGAAACUCGAAUCGAAAAAAGUAUUCAAUACACCGAGAGAGGCAUUCGCCAUGCUCUACUUCACAUGAAAAAUUGACUUCAAGAAUGAAUCUGGCCAAAGUGACAGUUGAAAAGACGCCGAAUGGGGAAAUUCCUUUUCCCAGGAGAAAAAGAGACCAAGAAUCCAAAGACAACAAUCAAGGAGUUGGAGGUGAAAUUUGUCUCAACGAGACUUUUAAAAUUGACAAAACAUCCCGUGUUUCGAAGUCCUAUGAUUCUUGUACUUCCAGUAGGUGUACGAAGUUCUUUUGUCUGAACUGUGGGAACUUCCCAUCUAUCAUACAAGACUCAUCUAUAUCUAGUGCUGGAAGUUUUAUUGGCGAUUAGGAACCAUUCAUGGCCAUCAUGCUUAGCGUUGGUUUGGGUUGCAGACAAAAAUCGUUACUGAGCAAUGCACAACUGAGCGGUCUGCAACACAAGUAUGAUCAUCAACAUUAUACACAGACUGAGAACUUUCCGUCGAUCAUACAAGAUUCAUCUAUAUCUAGUGCUGGAAGUUUUAUUGGCGAUUAGGAACCAUUCAUGGCCAUCAUGCUUAGCGUUCGUUUGGGUAGGAGUCAAAAGUUGUCGAGAAGAAUUUGAUACCAUGGUAACCAAAUCGAUCUUAAACUUCAAGGUCUUUCACUGAGGUAAUAAAUAUCGAACAUUACUUUAAAAAAUAUCUAUAUAUAUAUAGGCCUGGUUGUCACUCUUGCAUCUUAUGCAGACUUGUUGCAGGUCUUCCUCAUCAGUUGCGAGAGAAGAAAGUUGCUGUUAAUGAGCAAUGCACGACUAAGUGUGCAACAGGUAUAAUCAUCAGCAACAUACACAGACUCAGUGCAGCUCUUUUCUCACAGGUGCGAGGAAAGAUAACUGCUGUUAAUUAGCAAUGCGCAAUUGACUGCGUAUGCGAUUGUCAUGUUUGUGUCGAAGUAACGAAGCAAGCUUAAUACUUUUUUUUCUUUACAUGUUUAUCGUGCACCAUCUCGUGAUGACAGCCAUGACUGGAGUCUUUCUCCCCUGGGAAACUAAAUUCUUUCUUGUGUAAAUCAAAUUAGACCAGAUUCAAUUGUUCCUGCCUCCUUUCAUGGCUGCUAUCACGUGAUGGUGCAAAGCCUCUUUAGGCCCUUUCAGGAACAUAAUCACGUGACUUACUGACCAGUUACAAAUUCAGAAUUUGAGUUUUGUUAAUGUUAGAUUACCAAUGUCACGACCAAAACCGUUUUUUGGUUUUAGCAUUUUCAACUUUGCUUGCCAACCAAUUGGGCCUUCCUCAAGGACCCUGGGACUCACUAGGCAUCUUUACCUUACUUUCAGACCAUCUGUCAUUCCCAAGAGUAUAAUUCUUUGUUUAACGGUUGUGCAUGAGAAGGCACAUAGAUGUGGAUACAACUCAAACAGAGAAUCUUAUUCUCAAGAAAAUGACACGUGAUCUGAAAUGGGAAAACAUUACGCCCAAGGGAGAGGUCUAUUCACUCGUGAUAUAUUAAUGUGAUACAUUUGCACGUGAAAAAGGGCCUAUAGGGCAAAAACUUUGGUCCAACAUCUUAUGACGGUAAUCGCGAAAAAGAUUGGUGUUAAGAUCUUUUUUUCACAUUAUAUCUCAGUUCGUUGCCCCCCAGGGGUUUUAUUGCCAAAGCAUGAAGGUUUAUAAAAGUCGUCAGAUUGUUUGACUCCAGAUAACGUGCCUAGAGCCAAGGUCAACCGGAUUCUCCAGUGGAUUCUAGUACUUAACAUGCUUGGAAGCAUGGUCUGCGAGGAAGCACUUUGCGUCAGCUUUGCAUAUGAGUGUUUUGCUCACUUGCAAAAAUUCUCUUAGUUGAGAUUUGAGUACAAAAGCAGUGCGGUCGCUGUUCAUAGUUUCUAUGGCGUAAGGCAUCCAAACUCGAUGGGUGACAAAAUGUUUUAAAACAUGCGAAAAUUCAAAGAGAAUAUGAAAAAACUUUCAUUAAAUAAUUAUCAUUCUUGAUUUUUCUUUCUUCAUUUCUAUUUUUCUUCAUUUUUUUCCUUUUUUCGAACUCUUUUUUAACUCCAAUUCAAGAAUCCCAAAAUAUUGUUUACAGAUUUUCAUCUCGAAACUCCUAAUGUUGUUCAUUUGCUCAUCACGUACGUCUCUCGAGUUUGGAUGACUGCGCAACCCU